ACCACUAAUUCUGUGCUUUCCCUGUGAACUUUUUGUUGUGAAAUAAUCUACAGCUAUUUCGAUAGGCCACCAAACAAUCCAUCCAUUUAAGCGUUUGCUUGCGGUCAUCUCAUUUCAGUAUUAAAGAAGGCAUUAACAAAUAUACAUACAUUAACAAAAAAAUUCAAAUCAUGGAAGCUGAAGCUCAAGAAAAUAGUAAUACUUCUUUGCCAGUUAGGAGUUUGAAAACUGAGUCAUCAGCAGAAUUACCAGUUCUUAAUAUAUCCGGAUGGGUAAAGCCAGAUAGGAAUACUCCCCGUAUCAGGGGUAAAAAAAAGAAAACUCCUACGAUUCCAGUGGAGCCCAAAGUCAAUCCGACUACAUUUCCAGUGAUCCUAAGCAGGAUUCUACUUAAAAGCAAUGUUCCACCUGCAGCUGAUCCGAAAAUAAAUCUAGCAGAUUUCGCGCAGUACCUUUGUUUUCUCUGCUUGGAAAAACCGGACACUCGAAAGCGAGUGUAUCACAUGUUCAUAACAACGGAAAAGGAUAUCGGAAAGGACUACGAUCAUACGAGGAGACUUUACGAGAAUCGAAAGGAGUACAAGUAUGUGAACAACAUUAGCGUUCAAACAGUCUGUGCGUGUUCACUGUACCGCCGAGUUCAGAAAAAGUUCACCGAUGUGAAGUGGAACAAGCUGGGAAAUGUUUUUGAGACUGACAUGAUCGGACAUAGAGAUGUCUGGGGCAUUUCUGACCGAGUUUAUGCGCUUCGCAUCGAGGAACAUGAAAGGCUGUUCAAUUACAUCAAGUUCAUAAACUCAUCAUGAGCUAAAUACAAACGUUUGAUUUUAAUAUUCCAUAAGUGUAAAUUGUGAUAUUGUUUUCUUUUGUAUUAAAUCGCUUCUAUGCACAUACUUGAA